AUGGCACCACGGGCAGUCAAAGGAAAGCCAAAGGCUCACAAAGACACAGGAAGGGUUCUCAAGAGAAAACGUGGCGAGGACAACUUGGCCACACUCGUGAAACAGGUUGAGGACCUCGACCUCAAAACCCCCAUCAAAAACUUCUCCGAUCUCCCUCUCUCCGAACCGACAGCCAAAGGCCUCGCAGCCUCCCAUUUCAAAACUCUUACCGAGAUUCAAUCGCGUGCUAUCAGCUAUGCAUUCAAAGGACGCGACAUCCUCGGCGCCGCCAAGACCGGUAGCGGAAAGACUCUGGCAUUCAUAGUGCCCAUCCUUGAGAAUCUUUAUCGCAAAAAAUGGACCGAGUUGGACGGUCUCGGUGCCCUCGUUCUCUCGCCCACUCGUGAACUCGCCAUUCAGAUCUUCGAAGUGCUUCGCAAAGUCGGACGAUACCACAACUUCUCGGCUGGAUUGGUCAUUGGAGGAAAGAGUCUGCGUGAGGAACAAGAUCGCCUGGGACGCAUGCACAUCUUGGUUUGCACACCUGGUCGCAUGCUGCAGCACUUGGAUCAGACUGCGAUGUUUGAGACGAAUAAUUUGCAGAUGCUGGUGCUAGACGAGGCCGAUCGUAUCAUGGAUAUGGGUUUCCAAAAGACCGUGGAUGCUAUCAUCGACCAUCUUCCAAAACAGCGCCAGACGAUGCUGUUCAGUGCCACGCAAACCAAGAAAGUUAGCGAUUUGGCUCGUUUGAGUCUGCAGGAACCCGAGUAUGUUUCGGUCCAUGAAGCUGCCGCCUCCGCUACCCCCUCCACUCUCCAACAGCACUACACCAUCACCCCGCUGCCGCAGAAGCUCGAUACCCUCUGGAGUUUCAUUCGCAGCAAUCUCAAAUCAAAAACUGUGGUCUUCUUGUCAUCUGGCAAGCAAGUCCGCUACGUAUACGAAUCUUUACGACAAUUGCAGCCCGGUAUUUCCUUGCUCCACUUGCACGGCCGGCAGAAACAGGGAGGACGCCUGGACAUCACCACCAAGUUCUCUCAGGCUCAGCAUGCGGUGCUUUUCGCCACUGAUGUUGUUGCGCGUGGUUUGGACUUCCCCGCUGUUGAUUGGGUCAUCCAAAUGGAUUGCCCCGAAGAUGCUGAUACCUACAUUCAUCGUGUCGGCCGAACGGCUCGUUACGAGCGUGUUGGUCGUGCUGUGCUAUUCCUGGACCCCAGUGAGGAGAAGGGCUUCCUCAAGCAGCUCGAGAACAAGAAGGUGCCCAUUGAGAAGAUCAACAUCAAAUCGAAUAAGCAGCAGAGUGUCAAGAACCAGCUGCAGAACAUGUGUUUCAAAGACCCAGAGCUGAAAUAUCUGGGUCAGAAGGCUUUCAUCUCCUACGUCAAGUCAAUCUAUGUGCAGAAGGACAAGGAGACCUUCAAGAUCAAGGAGCUUCCAUUGGAAGAGUAUGCCGCCAGUCUGGGUCUGCCUGGUGCUCCGCGUAUCAAGUUCAUCAAGGGUGACGAUGCCAAGCAGCGCAAGAACGAGUCCUGGAGAAUGGCACACAUGUCCGGUGACGACGACUCAGAUGUAGAGAAGAAGAAGGACGAGAAGGAGGUGCGGACACGCUACGACCGCAUGUUCGAGCGACGCAACCAGGGUGUAUUGGCGGAGCACUACUCGAAGCUCAUCAACGACGAUGGCACAAUGGUGGCCACUGGUGCCCUCAAGGAGCUCGACGACGAGGCCGACGAGGAUGCCGACUUCCUCUCAGUCAAGCGCCGGUUCGUCGCAGGCGACACACAACUUGGCGCGGGCAGCGAUACUUCCGACUCCGAGGAGUCUGCCGAUGAGGCCAAACCCGCAGGCGCAAGAAUGGUACACCUGGAUGGCCAAGACCCGCUACUCAUCGACUCGAAGCGACGCGAGAAGUUGCUCAAGUCGAAGAAGAAGCUCCUCAAGUUCAAGGGCAAGGGUACGAAACUGGUCUACGACGACGAAGGCAAUGCCCACGAGGUCUACGAGAUGGAAGACGAGGAGGCAUUCAAGGCCCGCGGCGACGCCAACGCCCAGCGCCAGAAGUUCCUCGAGACCGAGACGGAGCGCACGCAGAAAGCCGAUAUCGAAGACAAGGAGGUUAUGCGCGAGAAGCGUCGCGAGAAGAAGGAGAAGCGCAAGGCGCGCGAGCGUGCCGAGGCCGCUGCGGAGUUGGAGGAGGAGGACGGAGGUGCCUUCUCCCACCUCCCCCAUGUGCCCUUCGAGAUCCCCGGUUCCGACUCGGACUCUGCCGAGGAGCCCGAGGAGCCUCGUCCCAGCAAGAAGCAGCGUGUCUCGUUUGCCAAGGCGGACAGCGACGACGAGCCCACGACAGCCAAGCCUAUCGAAACCCUGGGAGAUCUGGAGGCUUUGGCCAGUGGAUUGCUGGGUUAA